AUAACGAUAAGUGGAGUAAGGCCCCAAAACCUGAUAAUAUGACCAUAGCUACUGCUGUAGCAUCUAAUUUUUAUGCAUUGUCUUUGUUCGCUACGUCAACAAAAAAAAGCAAAGAACUAUCAAUUAUAGAAAAACUAUAG